AUGGACUCCGACGCCGCCGUGCUCCCCACGCACACCACGACCACGACCACGCCGCCGCCGCACUCCAAGAACCAACAAGCCGACGAACUCCGCCACCAGAGCAGCCGCCGGCGCCGGCGCCGCUACGCCUACGUCUGCCUCCUCGUCUCCCUGGGCGCGGCCCUGCUCCUGGGCAUCACGCUCCUGGUGCUCUUCCUCACCGUGCUCCGCGUCCGCGACCCCACCACGCGGCUCGUCUCGUCGCGGGUCAUCGGCUUCGCGCCGGGCCCGGGCCCGGACUUCCAGUUCAACCUCACCAUGCUCCUCACCGUGGGCGUGCACAACCCCAACCCGGCGUCCUUCUCGUACGCGUCGGGUGCCGCGCAGCUCUGGUACCGGGGCGUCCUGGUCGGCGUCGCCGGCGUCGACCCCGGCCACAUCCCCAGCAAGGGGGACGGCACCAUGGAGCUGGUGAUGACCGUGCUGUCCAGCAGCUUCGGCGCGGAGCUGGCGCAGCUGGUCAAGGACAUGGAGGCCGGCGCGGUGCCGCUGGACGCCAGCGCCAGGGUGCCCGGGAAGGUCGCCAUCUUCGGGGUGCUCAAGCUGCCCGCGGUGGCCUACUCUGACUGCCACGUCAUCUUCGGCGUGCCAGAGAUGAAAGUCCGGAGCCAGGUGUGCCACGAUCACACCAAGCUCUGA